CUGAAGCGGAAGUCCUCCGCUCUCUCAAAAUGUCCGCGGCCGGUGAAGACACGUUGCCUCGGGAGGACGAUGAGUUUGAGGACAUGGAGGCGAGUGGAAGCGACGAGGAUGAUAUGGAGGGAGAAGGACAGAACGGGGACGGAGAGGGGAAGGUCUAUGUCCCCGGUCUGCAGCCGCUUCAGCCGGGAGAAGAGCUGGAGAUGGACCGCUCCGCUUACCGCAUGUAUCACGAGUGCCAGACCGGUGCCCCAUGUCUGAGUUUUGAUGUGGUGCGUGAUGAUGAAGGAGAAGGGCGCGAGCAGUUUCCUCUCUCUAUGAUUCUGUGUGCUGGUACACAGGCAGACACUGCCUUAAGCAACAGGCUUAUUGUGAUGCGCAUGCACAGUCUUCAUGAAACUGACAAAGAUAAAGAUGAAAAUGAAAGCAGUGACGAAGAAAGUGAUGACGAUGAGGACGAGGAGAAGAAACCACAGUUGGAGCUGGCCAUGAUGCCACAUUAUGGUGGGAUCAACCGAGUCAGAGUGACCCAGCGAGGCGAACAGACAUUUGCUGCGCUCUGGUCAGAGAAAGGUCAGGUGGAGAUUUUUGACCUCCGACCUCAGCUUGAGGCGGUGCACAGUUCGGCAGCGAUGUCGGCCUUCAUCAAGCAGCAGAAGGAAGCCACGCCUCUUUUCAGUUUUUCUGGUCACAUGUCAGAAGGAUUUGCCAUCGAUUGGUCGCCCAAAGUACCAGGACGCCUGGUAAGCGGCGACUGCAAGAAGAACAUUCAUGUCUGGGAGCCACAGGAGGGCGGGACUUGGAAAGUUGACCAACGGCCUUUCAGCUCACACAGCAAGUCUGUUGAGGACCUGCAGUGGUCACCUACUGAAGCCACAGUUUUUGCGUCCUGUUCAGUGGAUCAGUCCAUUCGCAUUUGGGACAUAAGGGCACCACCUAAUUCCAUGCUCUCUGCCAAUGAGGCUCAUUCUUCAGACAUCAAUGUUAUCAGCUGGAACCGGACUGAACCUUUUAUUUUGUCUGGAGGAGACGACGGCCUCCUCAAAGUCUGGGAUUUAAGGCAGUUCCAGUCUGGUCGUCCAGUGGCCAGUUUUAAGCAGCACAGUGCUCCUGUGACGUCAGUGGAGUGGAACCCUGUUGACUCCAGUGUGUUUGCCGCUUCUGGAGCUGAUGAUGUUGUCAGCCAAUGGGAUCUAUCCGUGGAGUCAUGUGACAUUGGAGAACAGGCAGAGGGCUUAAAACAACUACCACCUCAGCUACUGUUCCUUCACCAGGGCCAGAAAGAAGUGAAGGAGCUCCACUGGCACCCACAGAUUCCUGGAGUUCUCAUUUCCACCGCACUGUCUGGAUUCAACAUCUUCAGAACUAUUUCUGUUUAACCGUGUGUGUGUGUGUGUGUGUGUGUGUGUGUGUGUGUGUGAGUGAGAAGAGGGACAGAGAGAGAGUGGACAGCUUCAGGCAGAAAGAAUAUACAUGUGUAUCAUUUGAAAUGAACAUAGAUGGAUGAAUGGUACAUCUAGGUUUGCAUUUCUUUCAUUUUUCUACACCUUCUGGAACCAAUUUUUCAACUUCUUGAGGCAGAAAUACUUAUUACUCAUUAAGUACUCAUUAAAACUCCGUUCUGAAUCAUC